AUGCCACCACCCCCUCCACCCCCUCCACCCCCUCCACCUGCUGACUCUGCUGACUCUGCUGACUCUGCUACUCCUCCUACUUCUAAUACAGAUACAAAAUCGUACACCCCGGCCGUCGCUUGGUGUGCCAAGGCCUGCAAACCCCGUCACGUGUUGUCAACAUCACCAUGUCAGUGCCACCCUGAUGAACCAGUGUAUGCUGCCCCCAAGCAGCCAAAGGCUGUCCCCAAAGCUAGAGACAACACUGAGGUCCUUUGCCGGAAAAGUUGUCACCCAAGACCGGUUUUCAGCUCUAGCCCUUGUGAAUGUGGCUUGCCUGCACCGGGGGAUAACAGCCAUAUGUACCCUUUUGCUGCACCAAACCCAGUUGAGACAGCUCUGAACCUCCCAGCCGCACCUGCGUACAGUAUUGGCACCAAGGAAGGAGCUGCUGCUGUGCAAGGUCCUGCUAGAUCCUCCGUUGCUAAAAAAGGUGCAGGGAAGAAGAAGCAAGCGAACAUCAAAUCAGCGGCCAGCAAACAACCGGCUGCCGAGGAAACAGAGGAUGAAUAUUACAGCAGAUCCAAUGGACUGAAGUUGAGAUACUUAGAUACUUCAGCUAAGAAUUAUCAAGGCUGCUACAAAGACAAGAAACCAGGACGGGAUCUCUCUCGCAGAUUCACGCGUUACGCCAUGACUCCCGAGGUUUGCCUGCGGGAAUGCAAAUACCAAGGAUAUAAAUUCGCAGGAUUGCAGUACGCGUAUCUGUGCUUCUGCGGGAAUGCUUUUGGUCGCUAUGGCAAAGUCGAUGAUGCGUAUUGUAAUUCAAGGUGCCUUGGAGACAAGACAAGACCGUGCGGUGCUUUCUGGCACAAUUCUGUCUAUUCCAUUGACGGAAGGGACUACGACCCAACUGAUUUCGACUUCCGCAAGGUCGAUGCAGAUGAGGCCAGGAAAGAUGCAAUUGCUCAGAAGCAGGGUUUUGACCCAAACAAUUUUUCAAGCACAACCAAAGCUAAAGUUGCAAACAAUCUCGUCAAAGCUGCCGAGGCUGCAUUGAAGGCUGCAAAGAAAUUACUACCAGAUUCUAAAAGCAACAUUUUCAAGAAGUCCAAAAAUGGCAAACAGAAAAGAGAUGAUGAUGAAGAUGAGGAGUUAGAAGAGUUCAAGCUAUCAGCAUUAGCUUCCCUUGGAGCGGCAAAGAAACUCCUGAAAAAGACUACUGUGGUCAGCCCAGCCAAACACAAGGACAAAGAAAAACGAUCAAUUGAAGUUGGCGACGAUGACUGGGUUGAUUUGGACAACGGCAAGGACCUCCUCGUUGCUUACCUUGGUGGCAUUGCUGACUACAGGAGACAGAUUCGCAGUGUUGAUAAUGAUGAUGAUGAUGACUUCGAGGCUGAUGAUGGUAAAUACCCCAUGUCUUUUGCAUAAACUUCCCUUCUUGAAUUAAAAGAGGCCCUCCCCAGCUUUGACCCUACUUUUCUAGUAAACAGCUCUUUGAAUGAAUAUACAAGGCUGAUAUACGAUUGCCUUUUGUUUUCAGAAACAAUUAUUAUCAAUUUCCGUUUUCAGACGAAAAUAUCAAAAUGUAGCACUCUAUCCUUUGCAAGAAGCGAAUCAGUAAAUCUAAGAACCUUCAAACAAAUUAUGACGUAAAUAUUUCUAAAUCUCACAAUUAAUAGAUUCCAAAACCUUUUUGCGUUGCAAUAUUAUUGAGGAUGCAAGGAAACAAUUGUCAAAGAACGUGUAUUCCUAAUGCAACGUUCGAAGACAGGAAGGCUUAAAAAAUCACUGCAUUUUGAUUUUACGCCUCCUUAAAAUUGCGUAACUUCAAAUUUUUAUUAGUUCGAAUUUAUGUCAACUCCAGGCUAUUACUAGCUUCCCUUCUUUAUCUCUACAGAAAGCAAUUUCAAAUUUAUAAUUUCAAAUGUCUUUGAAUCAAAUGACUGAUAAUUCUAAAUGUUCUGAAUGUUCUGAUUUAGACUUCUAGAUCUUCAAGAGCUGUUGAAAGUAGAUUUGAUCUUUAUCAAACAAAUCUGCGUUGCUCCGAUUCAAUGCAAGCUUCCCUUUGAUCAAUUGUUACAGCGUAU